AACAAGAAUUCGUGAUUGAAUGUGAAUACCUAUGAAGCGUGAGCAUAUAUUCAGGCGUUAACCCAAAUCCGCCUGCUCGUCUCACAGUCAAGCAAAUUUAGCACUCUGCCGUUGACAAGGACUUCUUCUCGGGCUCCCUCCAUCUCCAACACCCACUUAUCUCAGCUGCUCUGUGUCAAACGAAACCUGCACAGGCGCCUGCAUCAUCUCAUGAACUCCGGAGCCCUUGGCACAUUCACGAUCUAAUUCGCUCCUCAAUAUAUUCCGGCUUAACUACGUCAUAGUCAAGGCUCUGGCUCAGCUCGUGCCGAGAUGGGAGCGCCUCCGUAUGAUCUUUCGGAGCAGCCCAGCGCGGAAGACAUCCUUCAGCUGCUGGACAAUGCUGGUUCAUCAGGCAUUCCAGACACCCGGACCCUCACCGUGUCCCCAGACAACAUUGAUCUGACCUCGCUUGCCUCUCUCGAAGCAGCGCAUCGCGCGCGAGCGGACUGGCAGUUGGGUCUUCAAUCUACGCUCAGCAGUCUCAGAGAUAGAGACAUGAUCACCUUUGAUGUCAAGGAAGAGCUGACUAGCGGCCUCACAGAGGAAGGAAACACGAUUGCAAAUGAGGGAAGUCACGAGGCCAGGUUGUGGGCUGCUCUACCUGCAGACGCAGAGGAAGGAAAGAGCAUGCAAGACUUGCAGACAUUGCUCACCGCCGGCGUUCUGAAGAUUGCUCAAGGCAAGGCAUUCGCCAAGAAGUGGGUGCGGAAACAUCCUUCUGUCAACGGCGCACUGGCUCGAGUCCCAGGAGUAGACACCAUCGUGGAUGAAACCAGAACGCAGCUCGCCGGCAUUAGAGACGGCAGCGUUAAGCUAUCGGACAAAGACUUAGCGGAAUUGCGAAAAAGGAAACUGAUUGUAGUCAAGAAAUUGGUCUACUUCUCCCUCAAAAAAGGCCCUGCGUUUGCUCUCAAGAUUGAGAAACUCGAAACUGAUCUGUCCUUCGAGAUGCUCCAGAAUGGAAGCUGGAAAGACAAGCCUUUCAAGAAGUACAACUUUGAAGCGGAUGGCGUAGAGCCGAGUGCUGGAGCUCUCCAUCCUCUACUGAAGGUCAGAGAAGAGUUCAGGAACAUAUUCUUUGAGAUGGGCUUCACAGAAAUGCCCACGAACCGCUUCGUGGAAAGCAGCUUCUGGUGCUUCGAUAGUCUCUUCGUCCCCCAGCAGCAUGCUGCGAGAGACGUGCAAGACACAUUCUUUGUCAAAGAUCCACCAGCAGCGAAGGAUCUUCCAGAAGACUACUUGAAGAAGGUGACGCAAGUCCAUGAGGAGGGUGGUUUUGGCUCGACGGGAUACCGCUACCCAUUCUCUCGAGAAGUCACCGAGAAGCUGGUUCUUCGCACGCACACCACCGCAGUGUCUAGCGCGAUGUUGUAUCAAUUAGCCAACGCGCCGGGAGGCUUCAAGCCUGCCAAGCUCUUCUCCAUCGACAGAGUGUUCCGCAACGAAGCGGUCGACGCGACACACUUGGCCGAGUUCCAUCAAGUGGAGGGUGUCGUGGCGGAUUACAACAUCACCUUGGGAGAUCUCAUCGGCUUCAUGCAGAUCUUCUUUGAGAAGAUGGGAGUGAAAGAUCUUCGCUUCAAGCCGGCUUUCAACCCUUAUACCGAACCUAGUCUAGAAAUUUUCUCCUACCACAAGGGUUUGGGCAAAUGGGUCGAGAUUGGUAAUUCGGGCAUGUUCAGACCAGAAAUGCUGAGACCAAUGGGCUUGCCCGACGGUGUCAAUGUACUUGGAUGGGGUCUAAGCUUGGAAAGACCCACUAUGAUCAGGUAUGGCAUCAAUAACAUCCGAGAAUUGGUUGGGCACAAGGUAGACAUUGAGGGUGUCGAGAAGGCUGCUGCAGUCCGCUUCCCUUGAACCUCCGACGACGAUGUUGGAUUAGCGCUUUUAUACUACAGUCAAAAGUACAAGCUCAAGGAGUGACAAUGAGGAAAAAUGAGUGGCGCUGAGGAAACUUCCAGACUGUGUGGUCCAUCUCCAGGAAUCGAGUGUCGGCGCACGCACGUGCGUGAGUGGAAAAGGGAUGAAGGGCGCGAGAGUGCAGAACACUGCUCUUUCUUGGGUGCGUCCGCAUAAGGACCGCAUCGGGCGCCGGGUGCAAAAUCAGAGGAUUGUCCAUGGAGCACCGCACGUGAUACAAUGUCGACUUGUGUUGAGUGCUUCAUUUAGCAAUUGCGACCCCUCCUCGCCCAGCGAGACG